CUGACGUCGUCGCAUGAGCCUACACCGUCACCGACCAAAGGGAGACGGAGGGGCAGCGGUAAUGAGACGGUGACACCUCUGAAGAAUGGUUUAUUAUGACAACAAUAACUCCGCGGGGGAAUGUAACGGCUGCGGGAUAAUACAAUACAACUUUCACUUGUAAUUGGUGCAAAUUAUGAGAUCAAAAAGGGAUACUCAACCACCUAAACAUGAUCCAGUUUCAAACUCAAUGUGCGCACUAGUGGGGUUGAAUAAACUGAUUAACCGGUUUAUGAAUUCAUUUUUCACUUUCAUUUGACGUUUAAUCAAUUCUUAAAAGAAAUUGAUGAAAGGCAGAACUCGACAAUGUCUGUUCCAGUACAUCCGGAGACCAGGAAAUUUACAAGGGGACUAAGUAAACCUGGCACUGCGGCUGAACUAAGGCAAAGUGUCUCUGAGGUUGUCAGGACCUCCGUGUUUAUUGUGAAGCCCAAAGUUAUCGAACCGCUGGACUAUGAGACUGUUCUUGUCCAGAGGAAAACCCAGAUUCUCAGUGAUGUCCUCCGGGACAUGCUGCAGUUCCCCCAGGAGGACUUUCAGAUUUCGACUCAGAGACGCCAAGGAAGAACUGUCUACCCCACAGUGCCUGAGAACGCCGAGGAGGAGGCACGGAGUCUGUUUGUCCAAGAGUGCAUCAAGACCUACAACACUGACUGGCAUGUCGUUAAUUACAAGUAUGAGGACUACUCUGGGGACUUUCGGCAGCUUCCAAACAAAGUGUCCAGACCAGACAAACUGGCUGUCCACGUUUUUGAGGUUGAUGAAGAUGUCGAUAAAGAUGAGGACACAACCUCCCUAGGUUCCCAGAAAGGAGGGAUCACCAAGCAUGGCUGGCUGUACAAAGGCAACAUGAACAGUGCCAUCAGUGUCACCAUGAGGUCUUUCAAGAGGAGGUAUUUCCACCUAACCCAGCUGGGUGAUGGCUCUUACAACCUGAACUUCUACAAGGAUGAGAAGAUCUCCAAAGAACCCAAAGGAACCAUCUUCCUGGACUCCUGUAUGGGAGUUGUUCAGAAUAACAAGGUGCGGCGCUUUGCCUUUGAGCUGAAGAUGCAGGACAAGAGCACGUACCUGCUGGCUGCCGAUAGCGAGGGAGAGAUGGAGGACUGGAUCAACACUCUCAACAAGAUCCUCCACAGCAGCUUUGAGAUCGCCGUGCAGGAGAAGAGGAACGGGGACAUCCACGAUGAUGACGAGCCGGGAAAGGCAGACAGUUCGUUGGGGAGUAUGGACAGCUUUCAGAGUGCAAGAGAUAUUGAAUCUAAAAUGAGGAACGAGACCAGAUUGAAACUGUUCACCUUGGAUCCGGACACACAGAAACUUGAUUUCUCAGGAAUUGAACCAGAUAUAAAGCAAUAUGAAGAAAAGUUUGGCAAGCGCAUUUUGGUCAAUUGCAAUGACCUGGCCUUCAACCUGCAGAGCUGUGUAGAGGAGAAUGACGAGGGACCAACAACAAACGUGGAGCCGUUCUAUGUGACCCUGUCGCUGUUCGACAUCCAGAAUAGCAGGAAGAUCUCGUCAGACUUCCAUGUGGACCUGAACCACCCGUCCGUCAGACAGCUGGUGGCCAACCCCAGCAGCCAGUACAUGAACGGGGGUGGGGACGCCUUGCUGGGGGUGCAGAGGGGGGUCCACGGUCUGCCUGAGGAGGCCAUGCUGUACCCCAGACAGGGAGUGUUCUCUGUAACGUGUCCACACCCAGAUAUCUUCCUGUUAGCUCGCAUUGAGAAGGUCCUCCAGGGAGGAAUCACACACUGUGCUGAGCCCUACAUGAAGAGCUCAGACUCCACCAAGGUGGCACAGAAGGUUCUGAAAAAUGCCAAAUUGUCUUGCAGCCGGUUGGGCCAGUACAGGAUGCCUUUUGGAUGGGCCGCCAGGCCUCUGUUCAAAGAUGCAUCGGGGACGUUGGACAAAAGUGGUCGUUUCUCUGCCAUCUACAGACAGGACAGUAACAAGUUGUCCAACGACGACAUGUUUAAACUGCUGGCUGACUUCAGAAAGCCAGAGAAGAUGGCCAAGCUCCCUGUAAUCUUAGGAAACCUAGAUGUUACCAUUGAUGAUGUUGCCCCUGACUUGACAAAUUGUAUUAGCUCAUCCUAUAUUCCUGUGAAGACUUUUGAUAGCAGUGAGAAGACGAACAUCUACUUUGAGGUGGAGGAGUUUGUUCCCUACAUAGCCAAGUGCUCCCAGCCGUUCACCAUCUACAACAAUCACCUCUAUGUCUACCCCAAGCACCUGAAGUACGACAGCCAAAAAUCCUUCGCGAAGGCUAGAAACAUAGCUGUCUGCAUUGAGUUCAAGGACUCUGAUGAAGAGGAGGCUGUUUCGCUCAAGUGCAUCUAUGGUCGACCAGGAGGACCCCUGUUUACAGAGAAUGCCUCUGCUGCAGUAUUACAUCACCAGCACAGCCCAGAGUUUUAUGAUGAGUUUAAGAUUGAGCUACCCACUCAGCUCAAUGAGAAGCACCAUCUGCUGUUCACCUUCUUCCACGUCAGCUGUGACAGCAACAGCAAGGCCAGCACCAAGAAGAGAGACGUGGUGGAGACACAAGUGGGUUACGCCUGGCUCCCUCUGCUGAAGGAUGGCAGGGUGAUCAUGAAUGAGAGUCACGUCCCCGUGGCUGCCAACCUGCCCACUGGCUACCUCAGCUGUCAAGAGGUUGUCAGCAAGCAGCAUCCUGAAAUCAAAUGGGUGGAUGGAGGCAAGCCUUUGUUCAAGGUGUCCACUCACCUCGUCUCCACUGUGUACACUCAGGAUCAACAUUUGCACAAUUUCUUUGGUCACUGUCAGAGCACAGAGUCUGCAGCCCAGGUGGCAGGAGGAGAGCUGGUCAAGUAUCUGAAGAGUCUACACGCUAUGGAGAGUUCUGUGAUGAUACACUUCCUGCCCACCACUCUCAACCAGCUCUUCCGUGUGUUGACCAGUGCCACCCAUGAGGAGGUGGCUGUCAACGUCACCAAAGUCAUGAUUCACAUUGUUUCCCAGUGCCACGAAGAGGGGCUGGAACACUACCUGCGAUCAUAUGUCAAGUAUGUGUUUAAGACCGAGCCAUACACAUCCUCUACCACGAGAACAGUUCACGAGGAGCUGGCCAAAGCCAUGACUGCAAUUCUAAAGCCUUCCACAGACUUCCUCACCAGCAACAAAUUGCUCAAGUACUCGUGGUAUUUCUUCGAAGCCUUAGUGAAGUCCAUGGCACAGUACUUGAUUGAGAGCAGUAAAGUGAGGCUGUCCAGGAACCAGCGUUUCUCGGCCGGUUUCCACUACACGGUGGAGACCCUGGUCAACAUGAUGAUGCCCCACAUCACCCAGAAGUACAAGGACAACUUGGACGCAGCCCGCAACGCCAACCACAGCCUGGCUGUCUUCAUCAAGCGCUGUUUGACCCUCAUGGACAGAGGCUUUGUCUUCAAGCAGAUCAACCACUACAUCCACUGCUUUGUGCCUGGAGACCCCAGGACUCUGUUUGAGUUCAAGUUUGAGUUCCUGCGUGUCAUAUGUAACCACGAGCACUACAUCCCCUUGAAUCUGCCCAUGCCUUUUGGAAAUGGGAGGAUACAGAGAUUUCAAGACCUCCAGUUGGACUACUCGCUGACAGACGACUUCUGUAAGAACCACUUCCUGGUUGGGCUGCUCCUGCGGGAGGUUGGCGGGGCCUUGCAGGAGUUCCGGGAGAUCCGUCAGAUAUCCAUCCACGUGCUCAAGAACCUGAUGGUCAAGCACACUUUUGACGAGCGCUACACCUCCAAGAGCCAGCAGGCUAGGUUGGCCACCCUUUACCUGCCCCUGUUUGGUCUGCUCCAGGAGAACGUCCACAGGCUCAACGUGAAGGAAGUUUCCCCAUUCACCAUCAACUACUCCAACAACAAUGGAAGAGAUGAUUCACUCUUGGGCAACACCGUGAUGAUGACGCCUCCAAGGUCCAGUACUUUUUUCGACAACAGUUUGCACAAGGAUUUGUUUGGAGUCAUCUCUGGCACCGCCUCCCCUCAUGCAUCCUCUACCCCCAACGUUAACUCUGUCCGCCACGCUGACUCCCGAGGCUCCCUAAUCAGCACUGACUCUGGAAACAGCCUUCAUGAGAAGAGCAACGAUAAGAACAACUCUCUGGACAAGAGCCAGCCAGCGUCAACUCUGAGCGGCAGCCUGCUGCGUUGUGACAAGCUGGACCAGGCUGAGAUCAAGAGCCUGCUCAUGUGCUUCCUCCACAUCCUCAAGAGCAUGUCUGAGGAUGCUCUGUUUACCUACUGGAAUAAGGCCUCGUCUACUGAGCUCAUGGACUUCUUCACUCUAGUAGAAGUGUGUCUCCAUCAAUUCAGAUAUAUAGGAAAGAGAUGCAUCGCAAGGAGCCAGGAAGGGGUGGGACUCAUAGCAGCACAUGAGCGGAAGUCUCAGACUCUGCCUGUGUCCCGUAACAGGGCAGGAAUGAUGCAUGCCCGCUUACAGCAACUCAGCAGCCUGGAUAACUCAUACACAUUUAACCACACCUAUAGCCACUCUGAUGCUGACGUGCUGAACCAAUCGGUUCUGGAGGCUAACAUCGCCACGGAGGUCUGCCUCACCGUGCUGGACACUCUCAGCAUCUUCAUCAUGGGAUUCAAGACCCAGCUCUGUUCGGACCAUGGCCACAACCCGCUCAUGAAGAAGGUGUUUGAGGUGCACCUCUGCUUCCUACAAAUCAACCAAUCAGAGACGGCCCUGAAGCAGGUCUUCACCUCGCUGCGCACCUUCAUCUACAAGUUCCCCUGCACCUUCUUCGAGGGUCGUGCUGACAUGUGUGCUUCGUUCUGCUACGAGAUCCUGAAGUGCUGCAACUCCAAACUGAGCUCCAUCCGCAGCGACGCCGCCCGCCUCCUCUACUUCCUCAUGAAGAGUAACUUUGACUACACAGGACGCAAGUCCUUCGUCCGCACUCACCUACAGGUGGUGAUCGCCGUCAGUCAGCUGAUCGCUGACGUCAUCGGUAUCGGAGGAACCCGCUUCCAGCAGUCCCUGUCCAUCAUCAACAACUGUGCCAACAGUGAUAAGACAAUCAAGAACACAGCCUUCCCAUCAGAUGUGAAGGACCUGACCAAGCGGAUCCGGACGGUCCUGAUGGCCACGGCUCAGAUGAAGGAGCAUGAGAGGGACCCGGAGAUGCUGGUGGAUCUGCAGUACAGCCUAGCAAAGUCCUACGCCAGCACGCCUGAGCUCCGCAAGACCUGGCUGGACAGCAUGGCCCGCAUCCAUGUGAAGAAUGGAGACCUGUCCGAGGCAGCCAUGUGUUAUGUGCACGUGGCAGCACUGGUGGCCGAGUAUCUCCGGAGGAAAGGCAUGUUCAAGCAGGGCUGCUCAGCCUUCCGAGUGGUCACCCCCAACAUUGAUGAGGAGGUAUCCAUGAUGGAGGAUGUGGGCAUGCAGGAUGUCCACUUCAACGAGGAUGUCCUGAUGGAGCUGUUGGAAGAGUGUGCUGAUGGCCUGUGGAAGGCUGAGCGCUAUGAGCUCAUCUCAGACGUCUACAAGCUCAUCAUCCCCAUCUACGAACAGGGGAGGGAUUUUGAGAAACUGUCUCACCUGUAUGACACACUGCAUCGUGCCUACAUCAAAGUGACAGAGGUCAUGCACACGGGCAAGAGGCUGCUGGGAACCUACUUCAGAGUGGCUUUCUUUGGCCAGGCAGCGCAGUACCAGUUUACUGACUCUGAGACUGAGGGAUUCUUUGAGGAUGAAGAUGGUAAGGAGUACAUCUACAAAGAACCCAAAUUCACCCCACUGUCAGAGAUAUCUCAGAGGCUACUCAAGCUCUACUCUGACAAGUUCGGCCCAGAGAAUGUCAAGAUGAUUCAGGACUCUGGGAGGAUCAACCCUAAAGAUCUGGACUCUAGGUACGCCUACAUCCAGGUGACCCACGUUACUCCGUUCCUGGAAGAGAAGGAGCUGAUGGACAGGAAGACAGACUUUGAGAAGAGCCACAACAUCCGGCGCUUCGUCUUCGAGAUGCCCUUCACCGUGUCGGGGAAGAAGCAGGGAGGGGUGGAGGAGCAGUACAAACGCAGGACCAUCCUGACCACAACCCACUGUUUCCCCUAUGUGAAGAAGCGAAUUGCGGUGAUGUACCAACACCACACAGACCUGAACCCCAUAGAGGUGGCUAUAGACGAGAUGAGCAAGAGGUUGACCGAGCUAAGACAGCUAGUUGCCACCAGCGAGGUGGACAUGAUCCGCCUGCAGCUGAAACUACAGGGCAGCAUCAGUGUCCAGGUAAAUGCUGGUCCCCUCGCAUAUGCCCGAGCUUUCCUGGAUGAUGCCAGCACCAAGAAGUACCCUGACAACAGUGUCAAACAACUUAAAGAGGUCUUCAGGCAGUUUGUGGAGGCGUGUGGCCAUGGCCUGGGCAUCAACGAGCGGCUGAUUAAAGAGGACCAGCAGGAGUACCAUGACGAGAUGAAGGCCAACUACAGAGACCUGGCCAGAGAGCUGUCCGCCAUCAUGCACGAGCCAAUUGGAUGAUCAUUCCAGUGGAGGAUGGCAUGAAGAGCGUUCUUCCAGACUCACUGCACAUCUUCAACGUCAUCAGUGGUACCCCCAGCGGUGCCACCAUCGUGGGCAUGCCCAACUCCUCCUCUGUGGUGUGAGACCCACAGGGAUUGGCUGACUCCUGACCUCAAUGCUCUGUGCCAGCGCUGCCAUGAGUGGCCAUUCCUGCUUUUCUGUUCUCCUUAUCAUCAAGUUUGCUUCUGGCUAAACUUAGACAAUAUUGAUGUUCUGUUAAUUUUCUCUCACACCUUCUCUGGCUUGUCCGAUGGGCCAGGUCAAAGGACCGUGUUACACUGUUGUAUAGAGUACAGUCACUCUGUUGAGGAUGGGACCAGGGGCAUUCAUCCAUGAGGUUGGAUGAACUAAAAGAAUGCCACAUGAACAGAGAGAAGGGGGGGGGGUGACUUGAGGCAUGGUGGGCUUAUUCAUCAUGUCUUUAUUGAACACACCGUGUAAACAUUCACAGUGCAGGUUGGAAAAAGUAUGUGAACCCUUGGAUUUAAUAACAGGUUAACCCUUCUUUGGCAGCAAUAACCUCAACCAAACGUUUUCUGUAGUUGUGGAUCAGACCUGCACAACGGUCAGGAGGAAUUUUGGACCAUUCCUCUUUAUAAAACUGUUUCAGUUCCACAAUAUUCUUGGGAUGUCUGGUGCGAACCACUCUCUUGAGGUCAUGCCACAGCAUCAGGACUGACUGGGCCACUCCAGAAGGCAUAUUUUCUUCUGUUCAAGCCAUUCUGUUCAUGAUUUACUUCUGUCUAUUGGGUUGUUGUCCUGUUGCAUCACCUAACUUCUGUUGAGCUUCAAUUGGCGGACAGCUAGCCUUACAUUCUCCUGCAAAAUGUCUUGAUAAACUUGGGAAUUCAUUUUUCCUUCGAUGAUAGCAGGCUGUCCAGGCCAUGAGGCAACAAAGCAGCCCCAAACUAUGAUGCUCCCUUCACCAUAGUUUACAGUUGGGAUGAGGUUUUGGUGUUGGUGUGCUGUGCCUUUUUUUCUCCACACAUAGUGCUGUGUGUUCCUUCCUUCCAAACAACACAACUUUAUUUUCAUCUGUCCACAGAAUAUUUUGCCAGUAGUGCUGUGGAACAUCCAGGUGCUCUUUUGCGAACUUCAGACGUGCAGCAAUGUUUUUUUUUUGGACAGCAGUGGCUUCUUCCAUGGUGUCCUCCCAUGAACACCAUUCUUGUUUAGUGGUUUACGUAUUGUAGACUCGUCAACAGAGAUGUUAGCAUCUUUCAGAGAUUUCUGUAAGUCUUUCGCUGACACUCUAGGAUUCUUCUUAACCUCAUUGAGCAUUCUGCACUGUGCUCUUGCCGUCAUCUUUGUAGGACGGCCACUCCCAGGGAGAGUAGCAACAGUGCUGAACUUUCUCCAUUUAUAGACAAUUCAUGAACAUCAAGGCCUUUAGAGAUACUUUUGUAACCCUUUCCAGCUUUAUGCAAGUUGACAAAUCUUAAUCUUAGGUCUUCUGCGAUCUCUUUUGUUCAAGGCAUGGGACAUAUCAGGCAAUGCUUCUUGUGAAUAGAAAAUGCAAAUUUUGUGAGUGUUUUUUAUAGGGCAAGGCAGCUCUAGUCAACAUCUCCAAUCUCGUCUCAUUGAUUGGACUCCAGGUUAGCUGACUCCUGACUCUAAUUAGCUUUUGGAGAAGUCAUUAGCUUAGGGGUUCACAUACUUUUUCCAACCUACACUGUGAAUGUUUAAAUUAUGUAUUCAAUAUAGACAAGAAAAAUACAAUAAUUUGGGGGUUAUUAGUUUAAGCACACUGUGUUUGUGUAUUGUUGUGACUUAGAUGAAAAUCAGAUCAAAUUUGAUGUCAAAUUUAUGCAGAAAUCCAGGUAAUUCCAAAGGGUUCACAUACUUUUUCUUGCCACUGUAUAUGACAUCACUGGUAGUGUUUCCUGUGGAGCUGUCCCCAUAGGGAUCCUUAAAGCGACAGAAAUGUGCAUGUGAUGUCACUAGCCCUCAUCAGCUUUCUGUCGUCUCAUUUUGAUCUCUGUUUGUUUCGAUCAUUUGUCUUCUGCUCUGAACUCUUCAAGUGAUUUUCUAUGUAUUGAUGUCUUGACGAACAUUAUAAACCAGGUGGUUUGAGCCCUGAAUGCUGAUUGGCUGAAAGCUGUGGUAUAUCAGACCAUUUACCACGGGUAUGACAAAAACACAUAUUUUUACUUUUUUAAUUACGUUAGUAACCAGUUUAUAAUAGCAAUAAGCCACCUCAGGGGUUCGUGGUAUAUGGCCAAUAUAGCACGGCUAAUGGCUGUAUCCAGGCACUCCGUGUUGCGUCGUACAUAAGAACAGCCCUUAGCCGAGGGAAUAUUGGCCAUAUACUAGACCCCUGAGGUGCCUUAUUGCUUAAAUAUAUGCUGCAUACAUUGGCAUUCAUCUCUCUGUACAUGUACACGAAGACUUGUUAUAUUUCUACAAAGCUGCAAUUUAUUGGAAAAAGAGCCUCCUAUGAAAAAGUUAGCAUUCAACCUUAAUCACUUAAAUGUCUUAGAAUGGGAUUUAAAAAAAAUUAUUUAAAGCCAUUGCAUAUAAGUAUAUUCCAAGCUGUUUAUUCAUGUAUAUAAAAAAAGGAGUGCAAUAUUUGUAUUUUGCCAGGUACAGUGUCUUGCUGUGUUGGGUUCAAUUAUACAUUGUAAAGAUUAUGUUCAUCCUUCUUUUCAAAGCACUUCUAGUGUUUAUUCAGAGACCUACUGUGGAAGUUAUAUGAAGCUUUUACCAUUUGAGUGUUUAUUCAAAUGUUAAAGAAAUCAUUUUAUAUUUGGGAAGCAAUGGGUUUUUAAUUUUUAUUUAACAGAAAGUCACUUUUCUGCUGUAAACAGAAAUGUUCUCUAAUGCUUUUCUUUUCAAUAAAAUUCACUCAUUCCUCUUCACUUCUA